AUGCAUCUACCUUACCGGACACUGGAAACGGCCCGCUCGCAGAACAGCAAACUUAAUCUGCGAGAUGCGCAAGAAAACAGCGGCAACCCCUCAAAUGCAAUCAUCAUUGUUGCAUCUGUUUUCGGCGCAUUCGUCGUCUGCGGCGCCAUCGCCUGGGCCAUCUCCAAGAAUCGCCGGCAGAAGAAGAGAAAGGGAAAGAAGGGACACCGAUAUGUACAAGCGAACAACAAUGAUGAUGGACUAGAAGCCCCCAGCCGGCGUAAUGCUGGCGGUACAAGUAACAACUCAGCAAAUCGCAACGAAAACAUGACAUCCAACGUGCAACGAAAUGUAUCCAUACGAUCUAUCAUGACGCUUCCAGCCUAUUCACCUGGCGCCAGCGCAAAUGAGCAGGUGCUUGGCCGAGAGGGUGACCGAGACGGCGUCGAUAUUGUAGUGGAACAUCCUACCGAAGAGGAGCAUGAAGCUUUGCGCGAUGAAGAGAUGGAAACCAUGUAUCAGAUACGCGAGAGCAGGCGCCAACGGAUCGCCGCACAGGCCGAAACCAGACAAUUACGCGAUGAGGCCAGGCGACGGGGCGACCAUGUGGCCUUGAGAGAGUUGAGAGAGAUAUCAAGAGCUAGGGCCGCCAGUUCGUCCAACGCGAGCAAUGAGUUGCGCGAACACCAGGCUCAGAUCAAAGAACAACGUGCGCGAGCAGUAUCCAGUGUCAGUUACGAGGGUUUGGGCGUGGCGAGGCAUGAUGGUUCGAGACUUCGCGCCAACAGUCAGGAGAGCGACAGAGUCCAGCUUCUCUCGGAUGCCGCCAGUAUUUCCCUAUCGACUAGGUCGCCGUCGGCACUGUCGCAUCGGAGAGACCGGAGUGCUAGCUCAGUAUUGAGUUUCGACAGUUCGCGCGACCUCUCAUCUCCCGGGCUCCCGAGAUCCGGGGCAACUACUCCAAGGAGAUUGUCGACACAGCAUAACGGAGAUACUGCAGGCUCGAGUCCCGAAAUUAUCACAGAGGCUGACCUCGGCGAGAUUGGAUUACCUUUGCAUGAUCCUCCGACCUACGACGACGUAAGCCUCGACGAUACGCGCUCUGGAGCUACAACGCCCGUUCAUUUCAAUGAACCACCGCCCGAUUACUCUUCAGGUCCAUCGAAAGAGCGCGAUCGAAGGCUGAGCGCUCAAGUGGCGGACAUGUUCGACAACGUGGCCCCUGAUGGAGACCUGGGUGGCAGGUCUCGCUCAGACAGGCGUUCGCAAGACUCGUCUUCGGGAUCGCCGUCGAGGCCUGUACCGUUUCCGCGACUACCUAGUCUAAGCUUUGAUGAGAUUCCUCAAAUCAUAGUUGAGCCAUCAAGUGCCUACCCACGAGAUGAGUCGAGAGAGCGCGGCUUCCGGUAG